GAUUGGCCUGCGCUGAUGUCAGUCAGCCGUUCUGCGCUCUGAUUGGCUGUGGGAGGCUAAAGCUGUACAGUGGUGUAUUUACAGUAUCCUCAGGAAACAAGUCGCGUUAAUUUUUUCCACAAAUAAAGUUAAUUUCCUGGCGUUUUGUCAUGACAACCCUGGACGAUAAGAUCUUGGGCGAGAAGCUGCAGUACUACUACAGCAGCAGCGAGGAUGAGGAGAGCGACCAUGACGAAGACGAGGGUCAGUCCAAAACCAUUCGGGACCAGGAGGUGCUGGAGGCGGAGAUAGACUACAGUCCGGAUGGCACCGCCGUUAACACAGGUCCAAAAGGUGUGAUAAACGACUGGCGGAAGUACAAGCAGCUGGAGACAGAGCAGCGGGUGGAGCAGCAAAAGGAGAUGGAGCGGCUGAUCAAGAAGCUCAGCAUGACUUGCAAAUCAAACCUGGACGAGGAGCUGGACAAACAAAAACAGAAGGAGUUGCAGGACAAGAUCAAUGGCAAGGUGAACCUCCGGGUUGAUGAGGAGGAGGAUGAUGACGACGAUGAUGAAGCCUUCCUUCAGCAGUACCGGAUGCAGCGAAUGGAGGAGAUGAGACGGCAGCUGAGUGGCAAACGGCGCUUCGAGGGCGUGAUUAAUAUUUCCUCAGGAGAAGAGUUUCUGCGCGCCAUCGACGAAGAGGGCAAAGGAACGCUGGUGCUUGUUCACAUAUUCGAGCCGGACGUGCCUGCCUGCCAGGCCAUGGAGGGCAGCCUGCUCUGCCUGGCUCUGCAGUAUCCACAGGUGAAGUUCUGUCAGGCGCGAGGGUCGGUACUGGGCACCAGCGCUCUGUUCCGCAGCUCCGCGCUGCCGGCCCUGCUGCUGUACCGCGGGGGUGAGCUGGUGGGGAACCUGGUGCGAGUCUCUGAUCAGCUGGGGGACGAUUUCUAUGCCACCGAUGUGGAGGCGCUGCUGCAGGAGUACGGGCUGCUGCCAGAGAAACACCCACACGCAAACACACACUCCUCCAUCCGCAACGCGGCCGUCACACACACCGCCGACUCGGACAGCGACCUGGACAUAGACUAGACACGCGCAGCAGUACCCGCACACGCCAGCACACUCAACAACAUGCGUAUACACGCCAGAGAUGGGGACUCGCAUCGCAUGUUGAUGGACUGACUCGUGACUCAUUAAAUAGGAUGGACUGAAACACUCUGCAUCACGUAAAUGUGGCGUUUAAAAGAAAAAGACAGUUCAGCUUAACUACGUUCUAGCCAACAAUUUGGAUAGCUAGUAUACCAGCAAGUGUACCAGCUAUUAAAGCUGAAGGCGUCAGCUUAUCUUGCUGAAAUUUGGUAAUUUAUGAUCAUUUCUUUAAAGCGUACUUAUGUUUUAGCUUAUGUUUAGUGAUUUUUUUGAGCUACCUAGCUUAUAAACGUUUUGCCUCUUUCCUUAGAACAGUAUAUUUACUGCAUGCACAUUAGCGCUUCAGUUUUGUCCUUCAGACUGAUGAGUUUUCCAUAGUAAAAUUCCCAUUGUUUAAAGCCCUGUCGAACCUGAGGGCUUUGAAGUAGGGCUUGCUGAUAAUAAUGAGGCUAAACUUCUCUUGUCAGACUUGAGACUCGACUCUUACCCCACCGACGACAUCUACGAUACGUGCGCACAAGAACUCAGCCAAUCAGUGACCAAACCACGAAAGACACACACACAAAAACAGUCCACUUUAAUUGACUUCUUCCCGACAUGCUGCUGUAGUUUAGAGGAGGCAGAGUUUUAAGGCACACUUGAGGUUCCCGGGAAAUAUUAAAAUCUUUGUCAAAUAUUUAAAAUGUUUGAUCGAUACAAAAAAUGUACUGUUAAAAUUCACUGUAUGGUUUGGAUGUGGAACAAACAAGACCGAAAUACGUCAGACCUGAGAACUGUGUGGUCAUACUGUUCUGUGCUCUGUGCUGCAUCCCUGGCUCGCUAAAAACAUUAUCCGGCUUUUACGUGGCGACGGCAAGAUUACUGUUUAUUUUACUGCUGGAUGUGUAAACUGGGAAUGCUGGCAUGGCCGGUUGAACGAACGAGCAGGCAGCAAGCAAACAGAUGAGCUAUGCUCAGUUAUGCUUGCGAGGAUGGCUUUCGCUUGGUUGUUAGCUUCUGCUCUUUAGGUUUCCCUGACUCGAAUUAGAGGAACCAUUGGAAUUUUGUGGGCAGGACAAACCACAUCUGCCUUGUGAUUGGACGUUGGAAAGUUAUUCACAGGACAUACUUUGUACUCGGUAUGUGCCCAGAAGAGCGAGAUUGACCUGCACACUUAAAAAUGAUGGUUCUUCAAGGGUUCUUUAGUAAAGAAAGUGGUUUUGUACAGAACAAUCUGCACGAUCAAAUGGUUCUUUGCAUGGUGAAAUGGUUCUUCAGAUCAGAGGAGAAUGUUUAUAUAGAAACUUCUUGAAAAGAGGGUUCUCCAUAGCACCAAAAAUGGUUCUUCUAUUGUAAGCUUGACAUCAUAACAACAGAAGAACCCUUUUCUAGAGGGGGUUCUGUAUGGAACCAUCUAUUGAGCAUACUCCAUCAAUCUGAAGAACCCUUUCAU